AUGGCUUCAUACGUCGAGAACCCGAUGACCGAAUCGUCAGCCAGCGCAGGAGGAGCAGGAGGUGGCCUGCGCAACGAGGUCAAGAAGCUCAGGAAGAAGAAAGUGCUUCUGAUGGGAAAGUCCGGCUCGGGAAAGUCGAGUAUGCGCAGCAUCAUCUUCAGCAACUACAUUGCACGCGACACACGACGAUUAGGCGCGACAAUCGACAUUGAUCUAUCCCACGUCAAGUUCCUAGGCAACCUAACGCUCAACCUGUGGGACUGCGGCGGCCAGGAGGCCUUCAUGGAGAACUACCUGUCGCAGCAGCGCGUGCACGUCUUCUCCAACGUCGGGGUGCUCAUCUACGUCUUCGACAUCGAAUCACGCGACGUCGACCGUGACCUGGCCACAUAUGUCGCCAUCCUCUCGGCCUUGUUGCAGUUCUCAUCGACGGCGCGCAUCUACAUCCUCAUUCACAAGAUGGACCUGGUGGUCCCGUCGGCCCGCGAGACCAUGUACGACGACCGCGUGCGUCUGGUACGGCAAAAGACGGCCGAGUUCGCGCACUCACUCGGCGGGUCCGACGGCGCCGCCGCGGCCGUCGACCUGGUCCCGUUCGCCACCUCCAUCUGGGACCAGAGCCUGUACAAGGCCUGGGCGUCCAUCAUCCACGACCUGGUGCCCAACCUGUCCGUCAUCGAACAGAAUCUCGCCAACCUCGGCCAGGCCAUCGAGGCUGAAGAGCUCCUCCUGUUCGAGCGCACCUCCUUCCUCGCCGUCUCGUCCUGGACCUCGCCCGAGGGCCAGCGCAACCCCACCGAGGACCGCCUCGAGCGCAUGUCCAACAUCAUGAAGCACUUCAAGCAGAGCAUCUCGCGCUUCACAGGCACCCCGCGCAAUGCCGAGCAGUUCGUCCGCAUGGAGCACAAGGCCGGCAUGCGCUUCAGCCUCUUCAUCCUCAAGUUCACCACAAACACCUACCUCAUGGUCGUCUUGCCGCCCGGCGAGGCCCGCUUCAACGCCGCCAUGCUCAACUGCCAGGUUGCUAUUCAGCAUUUCAAGUUCCUCGACGGUCCGGCUGCCACCACACAGACAUCGACAUGA